UCCCUUCCCUGCUGUUCUUCUGCCUGGACAGACUACAAGAUGGACAGGGUCUUACUGGGCUGGACCACUUUUCUGUGGAUGACAGCUGUGACUGAAGCCGUGCAUGUUAUGGUGCCUGAGACGAGACAGGUGGCAAUGCUCUUUCAAUCAGUUGUGCUUCGAUGCCACUUUUCAACUUCUUCCACACAACCAGCUGUGGUGCAAUGGAAAUUCAAAUCCUAUUGCCAAGAUCGCAUGGGACAAGCUCUGGGAGUUGUCUCCGCAGGGAUCCAGGCAAUAAACAAGAGGAACUUGGAAUGGGAUCCGUACUUGGACUGUGUGGAUAGCAGGAGAACAGUCCGCAUUGUGGCAUCCAAACAGGGCUCGGUGGUCACGAUGGGAGAGUUCUACAAAGGAAGAGAUAUCUCCAUUCAACAUGAUGCAGACCUCCACAUUGGAAAAUUGAUGUGGGGAGACAGUGGAUUGUAUUAUUGCCUCGUUAUCACACCUGAUGAUGUAGAAGGCAAGAAUGAGGAUUCAGUGGAGUUACUUGUUUUGGAAUGGAUGUUUGUGGGCUUGGUGAUCCUGGGGUUUUUCCUUUUCUUUCUCCUAGUCGGCAUUUGCUGGUGCCAAUGCUGCCCUCAUAACUGCUGCUGUUACAUUCGUUGCCCUUUCUGUCCAGAGACCUGCUGCUGUCCACGAGCAUUGUAUGAAGCAGGAAAAGCUGCAAAAGCUGGAUAUCCUCCAGCAGUCACAUCAAUCCCAGGUCCAUACUGUAUCCCUACUGUUUUGGGUAGUGGCGUCCCAUCUCAUGCUGUCCUUGUGGAGAAGUCACAUCUACCUCCGUUGGCACCAAGUGAAUCUGGUGCAGGAACACAAAGUGUGCACAAGGGUUACCGAAUACAAACUGACAAAGACAGAGAUUCUAUGAAGGUGCUGUACUAUGUUGAGAAAGAAUUGGCUCAGUUUGACCCAGCCAGAAGGAUGCGAGAGAGAUACAGUAACACCAUCUCAGAGCUCAGUUCUUUACACGACGGGGGUGCCAACUUCCGCCAGUCUUACCGUCAGGUGUGCAGGAAAGCACUUCCUCCUUCAGGAGACAUGGGUGGUGAUGCUGAGUACUGGACAGGGGUUGUUAGUGGAAGUGGUGCAUCCAGACCACAAACACGUUCUGAUUACAGGGAACACGGAGGAAGCUUCAGAAUGAGCCAGCAGAGAUCAAAGUCAGAAAUGCUUUCAAGAAAGAGUUUUUCUUUCGGAGUGCCAGCUGUCUCCAUGGAUGAAUUAGCAGCCUUUGCUGAAUCUUACAGUCAACAGGCUCAUCGGACUGAGGCGACUCAAGAGCCACGACACUUUGAGAGAACAGGAUCAAGGGUGGGGCCAAUACAACAUCUGGAGAAUUCAGAUGAUUUUUAUAGUAAACGCAGGGGAGGAAAUCGUGAACCCAUAACAGACCCAGAACGGGGUUGGAGAUACAGUCCACCUAGGAGACGUAUGCAUGAAGAGAAACACCUGCCUCGGCUAGUGUGUCGGACACCUGGAGGAAGUCAGAAAUAUGAUCACUCCUACCUCACUAGUGCCCUUGAAAGGAAAUCACGAAGCUAUGAUGAGAAUGGUGAACAUAGUGACACACCUUCAAAGCUCAGCUCACAAUCCAGUCAAAGAGGAGGAUCUUACUAUGCUUGGUCACCACAAUCAACUUAUAAGGCAGAACAGCAGCAGCAACAACCUCCACAACAAGAGGAAGGAGAAGAUAUUCUGCCACCUUACAGUGAGAGGGAAUUGAGCCGGGGUUCUUCAUACAAAAACAGAGAACAACCUAACUUCAAUUCAUCAGAGAAGAAGAGGAAAAAAGAGCCCCCCAAAACAAACGAAUUCCCAACAAGGAUGUCCCUUGUGGUUUGAUGUUGAUAGAGAAGAGUUCUCUUAAUGGACUGGGAAUACAGAAGCAAAGUCAUGACGUCUUAAAGAAAUAAAUGCUUUCAUAGGGUACAUUCAGAGAUUUGUAUGUUUCAUCUUGUGAACUGAGAACUUGUAUCAUAGUCAGUGUUAUCCAGCUGAUCUCAUGCAAUUGAUGGUCUGACCCCUUGGAAGGGAACAGCUUACUUGACUAGGAAAUGAAACACAAAGUUUUAUUUUGGCAAAUUUAUUCUCGUAUGUCUUUCUGAAAAGGUGCUGCCUUUACAUUCUAUCUUUAGGCCUCGGAACAGUUGCAGUUUUAAAGAAGCAAUUUCAACGUAUAGUAGAAUUUUUGUUUUCUGAUAUAGCAGACUUUCCACAUGCACUGGAUCUUAUGUUUCACAGGAAACAUUGCCGCAGAUUCAGCGAGUUUGUCCCAUUUCUCUGCUGAAUCACAUACAGACAGAAAUAGAGACUUCAUAUAAAUAAGUAGUGAUUGUUGUAAUUUAAGAAAUACUUUUCAAGAACAUCUGGAAAAGGAAAUAUUCAUCCUUUUGGAAAUGUCUUGAAACAGAGACAUGGAGCAUUGGACUAUGAAGGACAAAACAACAAUGUAUGACAUGUGAAGUUCAUUUAUUAUUGUUUUUUUAAUGUCCUGUUCAUUCAGUAAUGGGAGAUGCCAGUGAGAUUAAUGUUUUAUUUUGAAAGUGAAACUCAAUAUAUUUUGCUGUAAUGAAAAUGUUCCAUGUUAUUUUGCUAUUGUCUGAUAUGAUGUAUCAGCAUUGCCUUACAGAUAAAGUAUAGCCAUAAAAGGCUUCAGCUGGGGUUACUGAAUGGUCCUAUCAUAAGAUGAGCUCAAGUAAAGGUUCUGCUGACAAUACUCUUUGGACAAUUAUUAUUGUUUUAGAAAACCAAUUGGGAGGAGACACUACAACUAGAAAGAAUAAAAUGAGAGGCAAAGAAAAUGCAUACACACAUACAGGAAUACAUACAUACACAGAGAAAGUCAAAACAAAGAAUAUAUCUAUGUAAAUCUCUUUCUCCCUCUACAUUUUUUAUACUUAUACACAGAUCAGUAUUACUUUGUGAUUAUUAUUUCUGGUUGAGACUAUUCUAAAAGCAAUAGAAAAAAAUCCUAAAAAUAAAAAAAAUUGGAUAAACAUCACCAUUAAGAACUACUUCAUGUUUUUUUAAAAAUUUUUGUAAAGCAUGAAUAGUCUUACAAUUGGGUGGCAGAAUUAGCAGCUUAAAGAGCUCUUGAGUUUGUUAUUUUUUGUAUUAUGUUGAAGGCAUCAAGAAAUUUUAAAAACCCUCAAAAUUUUCCCAUGCAUUUUUUUUUAUAAUAAAAGGGUUUAAAAUGUCUAAACAAAAAGAAAAUGUCUAAAAUCUUGAAAGAUUCCAUGUGAAAACCCAGACAAUCUGAGACACUUUCCAAUCUUAUAAAACUUUGAUUAUUAUUUUUUAUCAAACUAGCUUUAUUUGGUAAUAUCGCAGAAGCCAUGCUGUCACUUUUCCUUCUGUUAACAAAUAACACAAGGAUCCCUUUUAACAAAUAAUCGAAAUGAUUCCUGCUUAGUUGAUAUCCUAACAUAGAUCAUCUUAUUUUAUGUGACAACACUAGCAAAACAGUUUGAUUUCUUUUUCUGAAAUGUCAGGUUUUUUUCUUGAUAGACAACUCGUUGCUACGUGUUAUCAAUAUCAGAAAAUAUUUCAGACUUGGCAGAAACCAGUACAUUGUUUCCUAGUUGUACAAAUCAUUGGAAACUUUCUGUUAACAUCUUUGCAUAAAAAAUUACAUUAUAUGUACAGAUCAGUGGUGGGUUUCUACCAGUUCGGCCAAACCGGUAGUGGCCUGGGUCACUGCCAGUUUCAACAAGAGAACUGGCCCAGGGGCAUGAUAGGCCUGGGUCACUGCCAGUUACAGCAACCCAGGACUGUCAUGACCCCGGACCAGUUCUCUUGCUGUCACCGCCAUCUUGUUUUUGGUUCUGUGCAUUCACAGAACAAUUUUAAUUGAACUGUGUGCAAACUGACAGCAAAGCCAGGAAGAACCCACCCCUGGUACAGAUGAAAAGAACAGACUGCUAUAGUUAUUCACAAACUCGUUCCCAACAGAUACACAAGAUUUCAAGAUCAAUCAGCAUUUUGCUGGAACUUCAGAAAUUUUAAUUCACAAUAAUCGAACGUCAUCAGCCUCGGGCUAAUUAAGCUAUCCAUAUGUAAGCUUAGCCUAUACAGUAACUUUUUAGAUGUAGAAGACUAAUAAACAAGGUUCUCUCUUA